AUGUCAUCGCCUCUCUCUCCCACCCACUUUUCCAUCGCUACUCCCUCCCACCCUGCCAUCCUCUCUCGAUUCCAGCCCGCCAUCCCCUCUCCCUCCCAUGACGCCGAGGCCUCUCCCUCCCUCCCGCCAUCGCCUCUCCGUUCCUCCCGCCGUCGACUCUCCCUCCCUCCCGCCGUCGCCUCUCCCUCCUCCCCGCCGUCGCCCAUCCCUCCUCCCCGACGACGCCUCUCCCUCCUCCUCGCCGUCGCCCAUCCCUCCUCCCCGCCGUCGCCUCUCCCUCCUCCCUGCCGUCGCCUCUUCCUCCUCCCCGCCGUCGCCUCUCCCUCCUCCCCGCCGUCGCCUCUCCCUCCCUGCCGUUGCCUAUCCCUCCUCCCCGCCGUUGCCUCUCCCUCCGCCUCACGGUCGCCUUUCCCUCCCAUCCGCCAUCGCCGCUCCCCCCCGUCCGCCGUCGCCACUUCCUCCUCCCGCCGUCGCCGCUCCCUCCCAUCGGCCGUCGCCGCUCCCUCCUCCCACCGUCGCCGCCCCCUCCCAUCCCCCCUUCGCCUCUCGGUCGCUUCCCGCUGUCGCCUCUCCCUCCCAUCCUGCCGCCGACUCAGUCGACAGGUCACGAGCAAGCUGGUGCGCGAGUGGGAGCUGGUGCGCGAGCGCGGGGCGCUGGGGCCGUGGGCGCAAGCGCCGUGGUUGCUGGCGCCUAAGGCGCUUGCGCAUAUGGCGCAGACGCCUUGGCCGCUUGCGCCUAAGGCCCUUGCGCCAUGGGCGCUGGCGCAUAAGGUGCUUGCGCUCAGGGCGCUGGCGCCGUGGGCGCUUGCUCCGUUGGCGCGGGCUCCGUGGGUGCUAGCACCUAACGCGCUUGCGCUUAGGGCAAGCGCCGUGGGUGCUGCCCCAUGA